AUGAAGACUGUGAAAGGCUUUUACAUCUUUUUCAUCCUGCAGCUAUGUCUCCUUGACUCUGGGAGGACGGGCAAAGUUCUUGUAUGGCCUGUGGAUUUUAGUCACUGGAUUAAUUUACAAGUUAUUCUAGAAGAGCUUCACCUUCGUGGGCAUGAGAUAACUGUCCUGGUACCUUCACAAAGUCUUCUGAUUGAUGAUACUAAGGUUCCCUAUAAUGUGGAGAUCCUCCAGCUUUCAGUAACUAAAGAAACUUUCAUGGAAGAGCUCAAUACCAUUCUCUAUGAAGCUACGUUUGCACUGCCAAAACUCUCAUGGUGGGAAAUGCAAAUAAAACUGGCAAACAUAGGCAGAACAUUUUUAUUAACAACCAAAAGAGUGUGUGACAGUGUUGUCACAAACAAGGAGUUACUCAGCAGGCUACAGGCAGCCAAGUUUGAUGUCUGUAUUGCUGACCCAUUAAGUUUUUGUGGGGAAUUGGUGGCUGAACUCCUGAAUAUUCCAUUUAUAUACACUUUUCGAUUUUUCUAUGGAAAUGUCAUUGAAAGACUGUGUGCUGGGCUUCCUAUGCCUUCUUCAUAUGUUCCUGGUGUCACAUCAAGACUGACAGACAAAAUGACUUUUAUACAGAGGCUGGAGAACUGGUUACUAUAUACAAUGAAUGACAUGAUAUAUUCAUAUUAUGUAUUUCCCGAAUGGGAUGAGUAUUACAGCAAGGUUUUAGGAAAACCAAUCACACUAUGUGCGAUUAUGGGGAAAGCUGACAUGUGGUUGUUUCGAAGUUACUGGGAUUUUGAAUUUCCUCAGCCUUAUUUACCUAAUACUGAAUUUGUUGGAGGACUGCACUGCAAGCCUGCAAAGCCCCUACCUAAGGAAUUCGAAGAGUUUGUUCAAAGCUCUGGAAAAGAUGGAGUCGUGGUGUUUACUCUGGGGUCAAUGAUCAAAAACCUCUCAGAAGAAAAGUCUAAUAUGAUCGCAUCAGCCCUUGCCCAGAUUCCACAGAAGGUUCUGUGGCGAUACACAGGAAAGAAACCAGAAACAUUAGGAGCCAACACUCGACUAUACAAAUGGAUUCCACAGAAUGAUCUUCUUGGUCAUCCAAAAACCAGAGCUUUUGUCACUCACUGUGGAACCAAUGGGAUCUAUGAAGCUAUUUACCACGGAGUCCCUAUGGUUGGAAUUCCUAUGUUUGGUGAUCAGCAUGAUAAUGUUGUUCGUAUGAAAGCCAAAGGUGCAGCUGUUGAAGUAGACUUGCAAAGAAUGACAAGUGCAGAUCUGCUUCAUGCUUUGAAAGCAGUUAUUAACAACCCUUCCUAUAAAGAGAAUGCUAUGAAGUUAUCAAGAAUUCACCAUGAUCAGCCUGUGAAACCCCUGGACCGAGCAGUCUUCUGGGUCGAAUUUGUCAUGCGCCACAAAGGAGCCAAGCACCUUCGACCAGCCUUUCAUGACCUCGCCUGGUACCAGCACCACUCUUUGGAUGUGAUUGGUUUCCUGCUAGCUUGUGUGGCAACUGUUACAUUCCUGGUCACUAAAUGUUGCCUCUUUUUUUGCUGGAAGUUUGGUAAAACUGCAAAGAAGAAAAAGAAAGAGUAG